AGUUCGCGAUACACUUGGGCGAUUUGUCGCGCAGAUCCAUCAUCGCCAUCUCCCUCCCCAGCACUGCGCGACGACACCAUCAUACCGCACCCGCCUCUGAUUCUUCACAGCUGCAAUCUUCCAGACACAGAGUCACAAACCCCAAUGCAAACAGCGCAUGGCUAAAAAAUUUCCCUAGCUCUUUUGACGAGCGUUUCGCCCAGGACCAGUCGUCCACGCGGGUAGCCCGUCGCCGACGGCCCAGCGCAUUGCGCCAAACGCUCACUUCGAUUCGCCAAGCGGACCUCGGGUGUUGAACCAUGUCAGUCGAGUCUGACGACGCCGCCGAGUCGUCCUCGGGCGCCUCCCCCAGGAACCCCUCCCGGAGCUCGAGGCCAAGCAACGUCAACAAGAACACCAGCCAGAAAACCAAGGCCACGCACACCAUCGACAGGACGCAGGAGUACGACGACUUUAUCGCAACACUGAGAACAUACCACAAGCAGCGCGGCACCUCGUUCGAGCCCGAGCCCUGGGUGGGCAGUGCGCAUCUCGAUCUGCUCAAGGUCUUCAGGCAUGUCGUGGCCGCCGGUGGAUACGACCAUGUCUCAGCGACAACGCUCGAGUGGCGCAAGUUGGCAACAGAGCUUGGCCUGGACGUCACGGACCGCAGCGCCGCCGGCGUUGCGUACGCGCUGAAGUCGGCGUUCCUCAAGUAUCUAGCCGCCUACGAGAUACUUACCAUACACAAGAAGGAGCCGCCCCCGCCGCAGAUUCUCGAGCAUGAGUCCGCUAAAGGCGGCGGCCUCCUCACGCGCACCCUAGAGAACUAUACGCCGAAAAAAGGGCCCACGACUGUCGCUAGAGCCGUCAGCGUGAACGCGUCCGCCUCCGAAACCGAUGACACCCCGGCCCGGAAGGAGACCCCGGCCCGUAAGGAAACUCCGCGGUCCGGCGGGACGUCGCGGAACCUCCGGGUUGCCCCCCCUCAGCGUGUGAUAUUCCAGCCCGAUACUGGCACUGCCCGGCAGACGCGCCCGGCAGCUGCCUCAUCGCAACAGUCAUCUCACUCUCACUCGGCCACCGGCACCCCCACCCCUCAGGCAAAGAUGGCGCAACCCCAAGGACACUCACAUCCCCAGCCCAUGGGCAUGACCCAGCAGGUUCAUGCGCCGCACAUGGGACAUACCGUUCGCGGCCCCUCCUUCAACUACAACCCGCUGAACCCGGAGGCCACUUCUACGCUGGUCCAGAACUUUGAGCCUCGGCUCGACAUGGUGCCCAUACAAAUGCGGCCGGUUGAGACUCCUGCCAACAGCCCUGCCGAGUUCGACAGGAGGCGGCGGCAGGAACGGCUGAAAGCCUCGGGACUUUUCCCUCAGCCACAGCCCGCCCGCCCACCACCAGGAGCAACGGUUUUUGAAGGCCCUAACAUCUAUGUGCGCUGCCUAUGUGCGCUUCGCUCAGGGAUCCCCUCUGAGCAGGCGUAUGCGUUGCACCACCUCGUCAAGAUCUCGUAUGAACGUGGUGAUAAGUUCAAGUUCGAAAACUUCGCAGGUCUUGCUGAAGGCCUUGUCAGCAAGGGUCUCGAGGUUGGUGGCAAGUUCUUCCACGUCAACUGGACUAUCGACUAUAGUGGCGACCCGGAUGAGUCCAACCUAGAGGAGCUCGAUGGACUAAACGGCACCCCUGACAUCCUCGAGCGGAUUGCGCGACUGCAGCCCAAGGACGUACUCGACAACAUACAACCGGCGGACUUUGCCGACGAUAUGGUCCAGAUAACAGAGGCCGUGUUGACCAUGCGUAACAUGGUCACCCUCCCGGAGAAUGCCAUGCAGAUGGCCGACUUUCCAGUCCUCAGAGACCUGGUCUGCAUCAUCUUGCAUCUGCCCAACAUCGAGUCUGUCGUCGAGCUAAAACACUGUGCCCUGGACAUCGCCGAGCAGCUGGCGCCCUACAUUGUCCUGGAUGCCGAAGAUGCACUGUACCGAACCCUCAUCGCGCAGCUACACUCGACGGAUCGCGGCGCCAUCUUGACGGCUCUCCGCGCCACCACGCGCCUCUCCAUGUUCCUAGGAGAGACAAACCGCCUCCCCGAUGUUCCCGCCAGUGUUCUGCAGAACAUUCUAGACUGGCUGAUGCUGAACGACGACGAGCUCAUUGAUGCAUGUCUCGAUUUUCUUUACGUGUACACGGCCUUUAUCGCCAACAUUGAGCCACUCCUGAAGACGGUUGGGGCGCCGCAUCUCGUCAACCACCUCGUCCGGCUUCUAUCACACGGCGCACGGCGGAUCCAAAAGGAUUACGCCACCGAACCUGAAAAGAAGUUGCCUGCGUGCGAGAACCCACUCCCCAUCCCGGAGGACCUCCGUGAGCAGCUCCUUCAGAUGGGUGAGCCGGAUCGGUGCUUCGCUUGGCUCAAGUGUCUUUUUGAAGAGGACCCCGAUUCGGCCAUAACGCAAAUCGCCAUUUGGCAGGCUUACCAAGCAUCAUUCAGCUUGCACCUGCAGCAAAUGUCUAGGCCCAUGAUUAACGCGGCCGAAUUCAUCAAGAACGUCCCGCACGUGUUCAAGGAGGCGGAGCCCCAGAUCGUCAAGGAGAUGGGUGAGCGUGGAGAGACACAGAAGUUCAUCAUCCGGGGCGUACGGCCUCGGAUGCACCCCACGACGACAGAGGGGAGGGAAUACGUGCCUUGUCUAUGGAAGACGCCAGUGCCUCCUGGUAACGGCCGGCCCGGGCACCGUACCCAGUGCAUUCGUCACUUCAAGACCGCCGAGCAGCUGUACAACCACAUUAUCGUCGAGCAUGUGGGCGAGAAGCCAGGCGCAGAUGGGAAGUUUGCGGAUAGGGAGAGAGACCUGUACUGCACGUGGGGCAGCUGCGCGCGGUUCCCACGCCUCCAGAAGAUGCAACUUUCCGUCUUCAUGAACCACAUCAAGACGCAUACCAAGGCGGCGCAGCAGAAGAUCGCCCUUGCCCAUGCCCAUGCCGCCAGCGUCGAUGGGGCCGUGGGAAACAAGCGGCCACGGAGGACAUACAUCGUGCCGCCCCGAACCAUCAGCAUCCACCUUGAGGAGACACCGUUUUUGCGAGACGAGCGGCAACAGUCCGUUCCGAUGGGGAUCCCCUUUAGCGCGGUGCUGGUCCUCCGCAACGUGGCAAGGAAUGUCAGCAAGGCAGACGGUUUGGUGCUGGAUCUCCCGGACCUCGCGUCCGAGGGCCAGGGGCAGUCGGCAAGCCCCCUCGAGCACCUGUUCCGGCCCGUGACCGCUCGUCUCUGCGACAUCAUGGCGAAGAACCAGCUCCUCGCGAGCUAUAUCCAGCAGGUGUUGGAGAUAACGCGGGAUAACUACUGAUGUGUACCUGGCGUCGUGAUUUGGUGAGGAGAGCAUGUUGAGCUGCGAAUGCCUGGGAGGGAGUUUGGGCCUUCUCUUUCGAUAAUGACUUGGCGACGGUCCCGUUCUUGGCCAGAGCGUCCGCUCGCUGGAUUUCUGGCACCGGUGUCUUGCGAUGGGUUCACUAGGAAUAGCGCGAUACGAGGGAGAAGGAAUGAUAUCAUAUUUUAUCUCCACAUUGAAUCGUCCACUAUCCGAUUUUAAACUCUCUAUCAAAGCUCUAAACACAUGUGUUGAACUG